GAAUAGUUAAAAUUAGAAUACACGAAACUUUGAACAAAAAAUUCUUUUUCAGCGAAACCAAUAAAUGGCUUGAUUUGCUUGAGAACGUCCAGUUGUGCCGCAGCUUUUUUUGCAAAGGUUUGAUAUAUGUAGAUCAAAGUUCAAUUUGUAGUCUAGUGUUACACCAAGGAGUUUAACAGUCUCUUCAGAUUUGAUAGAAUGUCCUUGAAAGUUAAGAUUUAUGCCACAAGUAUUUGUCUGGUCCUUUUUAACAAAAAGUGCAUGGAAUUUGUUCGGGUUCGCAAUCAUUUCAUUUUGUUCGAGCCACGACAAAGCGCUGUCGGCUUCAUUUUCCAAGACCUUGACAAGAUCUGGAAAGGAUUCGGAAAAGAAAGCAAGCGUGUUAUCAUCAGCAUAAUUAUACAUGGUUGCUUGCUUUAUAAAAGAGAAAAGGUCAUUAAUGUAGAAAUUGAAAAGAAAAGGACCUAAAACUGAUCCCUGUGGUACUCCUGAUACAAUUUCUUGAAAGGAACAGUAAACGUUAUUUAUUUCGGACACUCUGCUUCCGUUUUUAAGAUAGGAAUGGACAAGAACCAGGGGGUGUUAUGCCCCCGAAUCCAUGAUAUGUCUAACAGCUCCUGCUGUGAUCAUAGGGAGUUCUAGGCAGGAUCAUUUUCGUAUUUUGUGAAGAAAUAUUCGUUAAAAUUCGACGUUCUUUUCGUGAUGUAAUUCAUUGAUUUUUGAGACGGCCUUUACGUAACCAAAAGUUGUUAAUGGGCGAUACCUUCAUGUAAAUUGGCGUUUCUUGUUGGUAAAAACGCGGGUAAAAGGACGUUUUCUGGCGGUAAAAUGAGCACAGCCUUAUUUUUAUGUUUUGUCACCUCCCCCCUCCCCACGCCUAUUUUGCUUGUUCGUCUAGCAAAAUAUUAAGAAAAGCAUCCAUAGGCUCUGAGGAAGGGGGCAAAACAAUCUUUUUUGUACUGUGAACUUAUAGGAUUUUUUAGUAACUACUGUUGAUAUCAUAGCCAAAGAAAUAAUGCAAGGGGGGUUACCGGUCAUGUGUCAUGGUCCCUUUUCUCUUCUGAUGUUUCUUCAUUAUGUUGAGGGCCUCCCCUAAGAAUUUCCCUCUCCCUACAAGCUUGCGCUCUCCCUUGGAACUUGAGCUCUAGGUCACCGCAACCGUGUUGCAGCCAGGGGCGUAGCUACUGGGGGUGUGGGGGGAGUCACACUCCUGAUGUUUUCAUACAGUGGUAAAAUUCGGGCAAAUACUCGGGAAUAUAACAUUCCGGUAUGAAAAAGUUCUCUUUAUUUUUCAAUAUACAAUACAAAACAACGAAUAACUUAAAUAUCUAGAUAAUUAUAUCAUUUAAGUAUAUAUUCAUUGCCAUUAAAUAUAUUACAUAAACUAUUAUAAAUCAAAUUUCCGGAAAAGUUAUUAAAAACGGAAAAAUUCGGGCAAAAACUUUUUGACAUCUCCAAAUAAUUGUAGUUUCAAUACUCUUCUGAAUGCAGUUGUUGAUAGUUUCCGAUUCCGGUUUCGAUAAUAAGACAGGUCACAAUAUCCUAUUUGUGCACCAAGCAGUGAUCUUUGCUUUUCUUUGUCCAGUAAUUCACGUGCGAUCUAAAAUUAUCCUGUUUGCAUGGGUUGCUCUUUUCAAAUAUAGGGAUGCGGGAAUUCUUGUUUCGCAUCUUUAGGCCAUCCAUCCUUCUUGCUAUAAUCAGAGAGAGAUAGAGGGGGGUUUAGAAAUGCUCUGAUUUGCAAGCGGAGCCAGGUUUUUGCAUGCAAUUUUGCAUGAAGUGGUAAGACAUCUUACAGAAAAAGGAAGUAUUAAGUUUGACUGUUAUAUGAAAAUCGGAAUCUGGCAUGAUUCAAAGAACUACUGAUUUGGCCUUAGUCACUUGAUUUCUUGUUGGUUCUUAGAAAAAGUUGUUAAAAACAAGCCGUGGAUGUAGUAAUGUUCAAAGUCCAAAAAGGAUUGAGUAUCCUUGUCGGCCAUUUUGAAUGUCAUUGGAGAGUACAGGGGUGGUUUUGGUUUCUUGGAAAUAGUGGAUUGUAUUAAAAAAUGAGCAGUAAUUGUGUAGUGAAUCAAUUUAGGUUAUUUUAUACAAUCCAUCAUUUCUUUUUCUGCAUUCCUACGUAAUUCUAUAAUUCUUCAUACUCUAUGCUAAUUACACUUCAUUUUCGACCUAAUCCAUUACAUAAUUGUUAGCCAUCAAGCACAUGCUUUCCUUUGUAUAACGGUUAAUUAGAUUUGCUAGUUUUCUAUAUCAAUACCAUAAAGAUGAUCAAUACCAUUUCUAUGAUCAAUACACACUUUUGUAAAUAAUAAUUAGUCAGUAGAAAUCACGUUACACAUUGCACAAACAGUUUGCAUCUCUCUGGCUCCGUGUCCUCUGCUCCAUUUUUAAAACUUCACACAUCUUCAUUAAAAUAAGCGAACACUUCCACGACAGCGACCAAAUAUAUCGAUUAUUUUAUCGAUAUCUUUUUGUGAACAUGAUUUGCAACUUUUUCAGCAAUUAACACACUUUUUUGCUUACCUGACUAUUCUUGUGAUUAUUGAACAGUUUAUGUUCCAUUUCAAGGAUGCCAGAAACUCAUUAUCUUUUUGUAGAAGGAGCAAACCUUUAUUAUGAUUUCUGUCGAAGGGUUUGCAUUCACGCUUGUGUAACACAGUUUAGAGCACCUUGAUUCAGCGUUUUUCAAUCUUUUCUAUCCACGGCACAUUAUUUGCGGAUAGUUGUAAUUUUUUUUUCAAUUCUUUCAAUUCUUUCAAUUUUUUCAAUGGACCAAUUAAGUGAAAUUAUAGAAUUCUCCACGGCACACUAGGUAAUACCUCAAGGAAAAUAACUAACAAGAAAAUAAUUGUCAUUUUUAUCUUUUUUUAUUGUGUUUGACAUGCUCUACACCAUUUAAUGUGAUCUUGCUGUCCGUGAAUAGUCUCGUAGCAGUUUUUGCUUAGGGCCCAGAUGCUUUUAUUACACCAAAGCACAUACAAAGUAAUAUUCACUAUCACUAAAUCGUGCAUAGAUUUCUUCCAAAACUUUACCCAUUACAUUGUAGAAACAAUUGAACAGAGCUAUGCUUUCUAGAUGGGUGUUGGGGUCUUUAGCCUUGCAAAGAAAAUAGGUGUCCUGUCCACUGCCUUUACUGACUCGCACUGGCAAGCCCAGUGUGUUGCACUUUGUCCCUUUUACCUAUAUGACGGUUCAUGUUGAACUUUUCUCUUGAAAUGGCAUGUCUUUUGGUGUUAGCCUCAAUGAAAUUGUAGAGACCUUGAGCAAUACCAAGUCCAUUUCUCACUGACUCACUUUCUGCAAGAGUCAACUAAUGGCCAAGGCAGUGGACAUAGAUGCUCAGCGGAGAACAGUCCUCCAUUCGCUUUUCCAAGCCCUCAGCUUUGCCGCCCAUGAUAGACCGUCGAAGCAUUUGCCAACAAGUUUUUACAUACGCUUUUAAGCCGCAUUUGUGCAAUUGCUGAAGACCGAGUUUUGUAAAAUUUAGCAAAAACUUCCUUUCGGACACCAUUCAGUGCAAAAAUGACACAAACUAACAUUUAUUCGUGCUGACGAAAGCAAGAUGUUUAAUCAAUUAUGAGAGCAAAAUAGCCGCUUUCUUUUACUUAUUCGACAAUCUUCUCAAGCUCUAAUUGGGCUGUUGCUGUUCUUUUCGCUUAUUUGUCUUAUUUUCACCCAAUAUAUUUUUACCAUAUUCCAAUACUUCUGAAAGCGCUCACGAUUACGACAACUUGAUUUUUUCAUCUCAGAUAUUUUUAGCCAUGUUCAAAAUGUAGUUUUUCUUAUGCUUUUUGCUUUUGGAGAAGGCUCCUGCCCGAAUUUUGCCCGCAAAAAUCAGCUGCCCGAAUCUAAGGGGGGGGGGGGCUUCAGCCUCCCCCAGCCCCCCGUCCCGUACGCCUAUGGCAUUGUGACGUAGCCCGGCAUUGUGAUGUAGCAGUGUCACCAAAUUUAAUCGUUUUGUUUGGAUUUUUUCGGUAAAGGGCAACAUGUCAGCGUUAUAAAUUGAUAAAUAAUUGGAUUUAUGAAACGAAUUUUAUCGUUGGAACUUUUAAGUCAGUAACGGUUGGUUAAAUAAUUUGGCUGGGGGUCCCUUUAUCAUAAUUAUCUAGUCUUUAGCAUUGCAGCGAAAUCCCUCUACGACGAUCUUUGAAGGGACCAAAAGUGUGGCUCGUUAUAAUGGGAGUUCGUUUAACAAUUGACUUGCUUUAUCAGAGUAGUUUGUUAGGCAAAAUUGUGGGACCAGAAGCUUUGAUCGUUUAAAAGGGAGAUUUCCGAUUUCAAAGGAUCUUUUAGUUUGAUUUUUGUUGUUCACGAAUGACUCCAAUUUUUUUCAGUUUACUCGGUUCUGUUCAAUACCAUCCCAUGUAAUAACCAUAAUUAACGAAAAAUAUAGGCAAUCGAAAAGAGCACUUGCCAAAAGAUCUGAAAGAAAAUUAAGAGAGACAAGACUGUCAACAAAGUCGCUUAUAAAUGUUAAUAACGAUCGUUAUUACUGUUUGCUCGAGUGCUAUUUCAUUGAUAACUAAUUGAUAACGAGGUAACGGCGUUUAAAUUGCGUAGAUUUGUUUAUAAUCCUAGAGAUUCUUUAAAAGCCCAGUGAAUUAAUACAGAUUUUGAGUCACCAUAAACAUUCUCACUCCCUCGCUAUCGCUUAGAAAGCAUUCGUCACGAAACAUAACCACAAAUAGAAGAUGUUUUAUAAACAUGUUCAAUUUUUAAGAAGAUUUUGCAACUUGUUUUAAGAUCACAUACCACUGCCAGCGAUGUGGAAAAUUUGUUUGUUCAGAACGUUUUUGUGUAACAUUGUUCAGUUCACAUAAUCUGUAUCCAAAAUGCGCUUAGUUUCAGGGGCCAUGCUGGACCAUACUUUAGCCGCGCAGGGUGGCUCCUAUGUUUUGCGCUCUUAAUAGAAGGAUUAAUAAAAAGGCGCUUAUGUUUACCCGAAUGACAUCGUUAAGUAUCGCUGAAGCCAAAAUUCCGUUUCAUUAUCCAAAAGGGGCAACUUGCAGUAGGUUGUUCUGAUAAACGCGCUCGUUAGUUUAACGUUUGAGGUUGUUUUGAGUAAGAAAGCACUUCAAUCGAAGGUUCAGAUACAAUACAUCCGUUUUCUGAAUCACAAGAAGUAUUAUUGUCUGCAUUAUCGUAUUGGCGUUUUAUGGUUGGCAAUCAUGGCUUCGCAUUUGACACCGUGGAAGAUAUUCCAAGGCCACAUGAACGUAGGGAUAGAUGGGCACUCAGAAGCCACUGAUAGCGAAUAAUAACAAAGUCUCAUACACAGCAGUACUGCAUCGUUACAUUGACUCUAAAGAAAUGCCAUCGAGGUAUGAUAAGGACACAAACCAGCACCCCUUAGAGCACUUAAACCAUGCCACACCUAGACUGCGUCCUGAUGAAAAAGCUUCUGAUGACAAAUCGCAGAGGAACUCUUUUGACUUUAGGGCGCAUCCAAACCUUCCUGGAAUCCCCAUUCCAUAUGAAUAUCAUGUUGAAAUGAAACCUGAAAGUAUCUAUGUGGAAUCAAAAAAAAGAAUUCUGCGGAGAGACAUCUUUAACUUUUUGGAAGGACAUAAAACUUUUUCGAGCAGAGUUUAUCACCAUUUUGUUAUAUUCAUCAUUCUUAGCAGUAUUUUGUUCGCAGUUUGCUCCACUCUAAAGGACCAAUCAGACACAUUUUCUAUUCGUAUGCGUAAUGUCACACUAGGAUAUGAAUUCUGUUUAUUCUUUAUUUUCUCCAUCGAAUAUGGCCUACGAGUAUGGUCCUGUACUGCUAAUAGCAGCUACAUUAGCUUCCAGGGAAGACUCCGGUUUAUUCGCCGACCGAUUAUGAUUCUUGAUGCAGUCACUAUACUUGCUUCGGUGAUAUUGAUUGUGACCUUGGCAUUGAAUUUCCAAACUGAUGAAUAUCGGUUCUUGUUCCUACUUCAGCUGUUUCGUGUUCUAAGAAUCGACAGGCAUCGAGGUGCAUUUGCUACCUUUCAGUGUGUUGUCCGUAAUCAUUUCAAAGAACUCCUCACUUGCUGGUAUAUGGGAUUUAUCGUUAUUAUGUUUUUGAGCUAUAUAACAUACGCCGAUCCGAGUCAUACGUCAUCAAAGGGGACUGUUUCUGACUUGGCUAAUGGAUUGUAUUGGGGUGUGGUUUCAAUGACAACCAUUGGAUAUGGCGAUGUCUCCCCUGUUACCGGAUUGUCUAAAAUAGUUCUCUGCAUAUUUGCACUUAUGGGAGCAGGGUUUAUAGCGAUGCCUGCUGGUAUAAUUGGUUCAGGGUUUGCACUGCAAGUAAUCGAGCAAAGGAAAUUGAAACAAAAGACUAGACGAAGAAGACCAGCUGCUGAACUCAUACAGAUUGCAUGGAAAGUUUAUGCAUCUAACCCAGCGCGAGGCUUGACGAAGACUUGGCUGACACAUAUGAAACUACGGGUUUCUAUGGUUAAUAGUCACAGAAAUUCUUUAGAUUUAUCGGCAUUGAAUUCUAGCUACGAAUCAUUCGAAAACAUCCACAUUCGAAAUCUCACAAUUGGCGAGAAGCAUGCUCUGGGAUUCAUAAGACGUCUUCAGAUGAACGUUGCUCUGCGUAACUUCAAGCAAUCCACAAGGCCGUAUGAUGUCAAAGACAUUCUAGAUAGAUUUGCGGCAGCCCAUGUUGAAAUUUUUGAGAGAAUCAAGGAGAUCAGGAAAAAGGUUGAUGAUUCAAGGGGAGUUCAAGAGGAAAUUCAAGCAUCGAAGGUGGAAACCGAAAUGAAACUUGAACGAAUUGAAUCCAAGGUAAAUACUUUAACCCAUCAGAUGUCAGAUGUUACAGACUUGCUUCGUGAGCUUCUUGCUGAGAAAUACAUUCAGUCGGCACGUGAAGGAUCAAAUGUUUAGUUCAUUUAGUCUAAUCACAUCGGCUCAAAAUUUUCGGGAAGUAGCUGUGGGUUUUUAUAAUAUUAGACGUGGAUCGUCAUACGCUGGAGCUGUUGAACUCACACGACACAAAGGGGGUAGUUUGAUCACUAUAAACAAGCACAUUGAGGCAUUGUAAGUUUAUAAGAUUUAAGGAAAUAUCAUAAAAUGUGGUUUCUAAGAGAUAAUUUUGUAAUAUCAAUUUCACGGUAAAUAUUUUUCAUUGAUAUCUAAUAUUUUUGUAAAGGGGUUUUCUAAUGUUGUUACAGUUGCUAAAGGGCCUAGCGGAAUCAUUUGCCAACAGCCCCAGGAAAUGGUUAUUAGUAAAAGCAACAACAAUAGAUAUAUUCCCACCUUGGUCAACGUCACUUUCAAGUUCCAUACGAUUACCACGCCAUAAUGUUCUCGUUUUUCCGAAUGCUCAUGCCAGGCAAAUAGAGAGUUUUAAUGAAAAGAGCCAUGAUUGUAGGUUCUCGAAGUAAAGAAAAUAAGAAAGCCUCUGGGUUUGAAGAAAUGGACAUUUUUCUUUUAAAUUGUAUUUUUGAGAUCAAAGAUGAAGCAUCUGAUAGCUUUCAACAGAAAACGUUAUGCCAAUGAGAUGAUUUCCCUAACAAAAAUGACCUAAAAAGCACAACAAUAUUUAUUUUGCUAACUAUUCAUUUUGAAGUUCUGUAAACUGUUGUCUUUGGCGUGUAGACCGAGUAUAUGCAUCGUUAUCAUACCUCCUUUAUCGGUUGUAUUAUUUUACGGGUCCAUUAGAUCUGUAACAUUGAAAGAAGGUUGCUUCCUGAAAUCGUCAUUACUUUCGAAUGAGAGGUAUCAUUUAAUGUAAAAUAGACUUUUUAAUGUCAUUUAUAUCAGAAACCCGUUUAGGCGUAGCCUGGAAAGCAUUUUUUACAUGAAGCAUAUUUUGUAAUAAUCCUGCAGGUAGUUUCAGGUAUUUAAAGCCAUACAUUUAUUACCAGUACACUAAUAAUGAACAUUUAACUGUAACAUCUUUUGUAACUGUAACAACUAUUCAUAUUUAGUUUUGAACUAAAUGUUGCUUAGUUUGGUUAAAAUAAGCAAUCGUUUUUAAACUCAUGUUCUUCAUGGGCUGGACGUAUAUUCUGGAAAUGAAUAUUUUCUUCGCCUUAAUUAGAUGUAAUAUUAUUUCAAAAGAAUUAUCUUUCUUUUCUAAAAAUGUUCGCCUACAACAACGAUCAGCCCCUAAUUUGAUUUCAAAUUCAAUUGAUGAUUUCUUCACCUACGUAGCAGGAAGGGACGUUAUCUGUGAUUCCAAGUUAAUCUUUUACUUAAAAUCACCCCCAAUUUUUACAACACUACUGUACUGUUAAUCUAUCCAUUUUAUUUUGCAUAAAUUAUUGCCCUAAUGAAAGGGUCCUGUUGUACCUUUCUUGUGGUUUUUGUUUAAUAAGUCGAGAAACAAAAUUGUAGCCAACAGGUAUGGCUGACUGAAAUUGUCUUGGUUGUCUUCAUUAGCUUUUCAUCAGAUCAUUAAGAUUAGCUUUGAAACACCGUAUUUCUAUAGGAAAUAUUUUGAAAAAAGCUAGGUUUUGCUUUUUCGAAAGUUGAAAGGCCCAGGAAACAUUAAAUGUCUGGAUUCAUUUUCAUCAGCAAUUUUCAGUGCUAAACUUUUUGGCAAUUUCUUAAAAAUUUCUUGUCAAUGUUAUCAAGGAUUCGAAAAAAGACUUUUACUGAAAAUGCUCAUACCAUCAAUUUAUCAGGCCCAGUGAAGUUUUCCUUUCUU